AGCCUUUUUGUUAUCGGUGUCAGCAGCAGGACUGGACGUAGAUGGAGGAUUUGUUUGACUGAGUUUUCCAGGAGUUGGAGCCAAGGCCGAAGCUGUAAUUCUGACCUCUUACUGACCAGCUGACUGCCCCAUGGCACCGUGAGAACUGGCAGCUACCUACAUAAAAAGGUUCCAUCCAACACACGGACAAAGCACUGACAGCAAGGUUGCCAGUUGGAACCUUGGACCUCAACCCACCAGAGAAGAGAUUUUUGCAUCUGUAUAUUCUUUUAAGACUUUACUUCUGUUAAUCUGCAAAACAAAUUAAUUUUGCUUUUAAAUCUGGAGUUGUUUUGUCAGUUUUGAAAAAAAUCUUAAUUUUAUCUUCACUAGUUUCAAGUAUGUCUUACCUUAUCGGAUUCAUCUUUUUGUCUAGUUGGACAGCUGUAGCUGUAGCAUUUCCUUUCAAUACUUUUGCAAAAGGCCCGAGGCUUGAAUUUGAGUCAUCUGGCAGUGGACCCGAUGAACCUGUCCGGGGAAUAGUGAAGGUUGUGCGGAUGGACCCUCAUGCUCUGGCCCAGUCAGGGUUCCUCAGGAGAGGACUGACCCCCAGAAGAGCCCACAGCUCCAGAUUGCCUUUCCCUGCCUUCCUGUCUCAUGGGCGUCCAGGUCAGGCCCUCAAGGCCCCUGUGAGUCCACUACACAACCUGCGCCCUAAAAACCCUCCUGAGAUGGAGCUGAAGAAGAAGCAGGGCCUGCAGAUGUGGCAGAGAGCUUUCGGUAAAGGAGGGAAGACGACUCUGCCAAUCAACCUGAAGGACACUAAACAGACUUGCACAGCAGUGCCGUUCACUCAGCAUGUGAUGGCAGAUGGAUGUGAAACAGUAACGGUGCACAACAAGCUGUGUUUCGGCCAGUGCAGCUCCCUCUUUGUCCCAUCUGAAGGGGAGUUUGCCGGCUUGAGUCCUGGUACUGGGACCUUCCAGCGCCGGGGCCCCUGCUCCCGCUGCGCCCCAUUCAAAGCUCACACCGUCACUGUGCCUCUGCGCUGCGGAGCUGAGCUCAGGGAGAAGAGAGUGAUGCUGGUGGAGGACUGCAAGUGUGAGACGAGCCGAGAGGAAAGGAGUGCCGAGACUGCAGCUAACACUCACCUGUAAAUGUGUUACGGCGACGGGACUACAUGAAGCUUUUUGAUUUUUGAAUACAGUCAUUUGUUACAGUUAAAACAUGGACAUAAAAGGGCAGGUGCAUUUUUUUCAUUUAGAUUAACAUCUUAAAUUACAGCCAAAACAUAGCUAUAUUUUUUUCAUAAAUUGUGUAACAUUUUUCCUGGCAAUUGUAACCAAUAUUUGCAUGUAACUGUGUAUGUAUCUGUAUUUUUGCAUGAGUCUGAAUGUGUUAUUCAGAGUAAAAUAUCCUGGUGGCUUAUUCCACCAUCGAAUAUUUGACAAAUUGACCUGUGUUUUGGUCGUGCAAUUUUCUGUUGCAACAGAUGAAGCCGUCCAUACUGGACUUAUGUUCAAAAGUAUGUUUAGAUUCAUCUAAACUGAAAUAUUGUGAUCUGUAAUAUUGUCAUUAAAUUGUC